AAAUAGGCGUAGAGAUGAUUUUCCUAGAUUGCAAUUAUUUUAGAAAGACAGAGAAAAUAAGGAGAAAAGAAAAAGAAAAGGGAAAAAAAGAAAAAAAACUUAGGCUUCAUCUUCUUUCUUCCCUUCCCUCACCCUUGCUACCGCCGACCACCCCUCCCCCUGUACUGUUCAACUGUGCGACGCACCUCCUUCUCCUUAGCACAAGCGGUGGCGCGAGGUCGGCCAGCAUCACGAAGCUCGCCCUUACCCUCUCGACGGCGCUACCUGCUUCUCCUUAGCACAAGCGGUCCCGCAUCCAAUCCCGGCCCGCAAGUGUCAUCUUCCUCCUGCGAGCUCCGGCGUUGGCCUGCACAUCGAUUGGCCUCAAACCGGUUUACCAACCAGCGAAGGUUGCAGCCAUUUUUGUGCAGUAAAUGGAAGACCUUGUCAUUGAUCAGCUAGAUUGUGGAAAAGGUUCAUGGAGUUUGGACGGUGGUGGCAGCAAUCAAGUAAUGUUGUAUGGAAGUAAAAAGAGUGAUAAGAAGAGAAAAAAUAUGAAUAAGGGAUGUAAAGGAAUUCAGCUAAAUAAAAAACCAAAGUUGAGCAAGUCACAGAAAAGAAAGAUGAUGAAGUUGGAGGAGGAGAAGGAAAAAUCACUUCUAUUGUCGAAAAGCUUGGAGACAUUAGAGAAAUAUAAGAUUUCGGAUGAUGCAGUUCUUCUUUUGCGAUCUUCUGUUAAUAUUGGUAAGAAUGAAACAAGAUUGGAAAAACGUAGCAGAGAUAUACAGUUUUCUAAAGUAGGAAUAGAGGUUCCAAGGAAUGACCAGCCUUUGGAUAAAACUUUCCUUGAUAUAUCUCAACAUGAAAGUCAUCUCGGAUCUCUUGAUAUUUCUCCACGGCAUCAACUUUCUGCCAAGGCUGAUGAGGAUCCCCCUUUCAUAGCAGAAAGAGAAGCGUCGGAUUCCUUUCAAGAUCUGGACAAGGAUACCAUAAUCCCAAAUCAUGGAAAAUCCCUUUCUUCCUUGCCAGAUAAAGUUGAAAAUAUUUGUGCAUUUUUACAAGAUGGAAGAGAUCUAUCUUAUACCAUGUGCACGGAUAGUGAUUUAAAAGGACCUGAGAUAAUGGAUAAAGAGGACGAAAUACCAAGGGUAGAGAUUUGUACAACAUCUGAUCCACUUCCAGAAAUGAGGCUUUUCUCUAGACCAAUUGUGGUGCCAGUAUUGAGGCCACGUGAGGUUGAAGACAAACGAAAAGAUCUCCCAAUAGUCAUGAUGGAACAAGAGAUAAUGGAAGCUAUCAAUGAGAACCCCAUUGUUAUAAUAUGUGGAGAGACUGGUUGUGGGAAAACUACUCAAGUUCCUCAGUUUUUAUAUGAAGCUGGCUUUGGUUCAUUACAAUCUAGUCAUCAGAGAGGUGCCAUUGGGGUGACUCAACCUCGACGUGUUGCUGUUCUUGCCACUGCUAAGCGUGUUGCAUACGAGCUUGGUGUUCAUCUAGGCAAAGAGGUUGGCUUUCAAGUAAGAUAUGACAAGAAAAUUGGAGAUAGUAGCUCAAUCAAGUUCAUGACUGAUGGAAUUUUACUUCGCGAAGUUCAGCAUGAUUUUUUAUUGAAGCGUUACUCUGUUCUAAUUCUCGACGAGGCACAUGAGAGGAGUAUGAACACUGACAUAUUAAUUGGAAUGCUGUCACGUGUUGUUAAGCUUCGUCAGGAUUUGCAUAUGAAGCAACGACAAAUGAUGCUUUCAGGAGGAAAAAUUAGUCCUGAGAAUAUGAUUUUUCCAUUGAAGUUGGUGCUUAUGAGUGCUACCUUGCGAGUGGAAGAUUUCAUAUCUGGGGGAAGGUUGUUUCAUGUUUCACCUCCCAUUAUAGAAGUUCCCACCAGACAAUAUCCCGUAACUGUACAUUUCUCAAAGAGAACAGAUAUAGCUGAUUAUAUCGGUCAAGCAUAUAAAAAGGUUCUGGCAAUUCACAAAAAGCUUCCACCUGGAGGUAUACUUGUCUUUGUUACUGGACAGAGAGAAGUCGAAAAUUUGUGCAAGAAGCUACGGGAAGCCUCAAAGAAGAUGAUCAAGAAAACAUCUGAAAGAAAUGGUGGAAAUAACAAUGGCAUUGUUGAGACGAAUUCCAGUCAAAAUUUGGAUAUGAAGGAGAUUAAUGAAGCAUUUGAAGAUCAUGAAUUUUCAAAUGAACAAACAGAUCGAUUUAGCUCUUUUGAUAAGGAUGAGUUUGAUAUAAAUGAUGAUGUGUCUGAUGCUCCAUACAAUUCAGAAACAGAUAGCGAGUUGGAAUUUAAUGAAGAUGCAAUGUCAGAUGAGGAUGGCAACCUUACUGAUGCUAUAAUAGAAGAUGCAAGUAUGGCUUCUCUCAAGGCUGCAUUUGAUGCCUUAGAUAGAAAAAACGCUUUGGACUUGGAUAAAAAACAGGUUGAUCACACUACAGAAGAGGAAGCAUCAAGCAAACAAUCUGUUAGUGCAAGGUUAAAGGAAAAUGUUGAACCUGGUUUUUUUGUUGGUGCAUUACAUGUUCUUCCUCUCUAUGCCAUGCUACCUGCAGCAGCUCAACUGCAUGUGUUUGAAGAAGUCAAGGAAGGAGAGCGACUUGUUGUUGUUGCUACUAAUGUUGCUGAAACUUCAUUGACUAUCCCAGGCAUAAAAUAUGUGGUGGAUACUGGUAGAGAAAAGGUUAAAACUUAUAACUCCUCAAAUGGGAUUGAAAAUUAUGAAGUACAAUGGAUUAGUAAGGCUUCAGCUGCUCAACGGGCUGGAAGAGCCGGAAGGACAGGGCCUGGGCAUUGUUAUCGUCUCUAUUCUUCUGCAGUUUUUAGUAAUACAUUCCCUGAUUUUUCUCUCGCUGAAAUAGCUAAAAUACCAGUUGAUGGUGUUGUCCUUCUUAUGAAAUCAAUGGGUAUCAGUAAGGUGGUCAAUUUUCCAUUUCCUACUCCUCCUGAGACAUCAGCGGUACUUGAGGCUGAGAGUUGCUUGAAGGUCCUUGAAGCUCUUGAUAAUGGUGGAAGAUUGACACCCUUGGGGAAGGCAAUGGCUCGCUAUCCCUUGAGUCCACGCCACUCUAGGAUGCUGCUUACAGUUAUUCAGAUUAUGAGAAACUUGAAAAAUUAUGACCGAGCAAAUCUUGUUUUUGCAUAUUCUGUUGCAGUAGCUGCAGCUUUGAGCAUGUCCAGUCCCUUUGUAAUGAUGUUUGAAGGAAGUCAAAUGAAGGAUGAUUUAGAGAAAAACGACAGGUCUUUUGAACUUGGUGACACAAAAGCUGAAGAAAAAGCGGAGAAGUCAUUGAAAAAGAAGCUAAAAGAAGCUGGCAAACUCUCUCGUGAAAAGUUUUCAGAUCCCAGUAGUGAUGCUUUGACAAUAGCUUAUGCUUUGCAAUGUUUUGAACUUUCUGAAAGUCAUGUGGCAUUCUGCAACAACUACACAUUACAUCUAAAAACUAUGCAUGAAAUGUCCAAGUUGAGAAAGCAACUAUUACAACUUGUUUUCAGUCAUAGUCGUUCUUCUAUUGCUGAGUCAGAUUUUUCAUGGACUAAUGGGACUUUGGAGGAUAUAGAAGACAUGUGGAGGAUCCCAUCCAAUAAACAUCCUCUUUCAUUGAAGGAGAAGGAGAUAAUUGGCCAAGCAAUCUGUGCAGGUUGGCCAGAUAGGGUUGCCAAACGUAUUAGAGAGAUUUCUAAGUCAGUUGAAGGUGACAGAAAAGAACGUGCUGGAAAGUAUCAAGCUUGCAUGGUAAAAGAAAAUGUGUUCAUCCAUCGAGGGUCUUCUGUUUCUCGUUCAGCCCCAAAAUUUUUGGUGUACAAUGAAUUAUUACGUACAAAACGACCAUACAUGCAUGGAUUGACUAGUGUAGAACCAGAUUGGCUUGUGAAAUAUGCUAGUUCCUUGUGUGCUUUCUCAGCACCUUUAACAGAUCCUAAACCCUAUUACGACCCUCAAAACGACACAGUAUUUUCAUGGGUUACUCCUACGUUUGGCCCUCAUCUUUGGGAGCUUCCUUUACAUAGUGUCCCAAUUAAAGAUAAUGCUCAGGGAGUUGCAGUCUUUGCAUGUGCUUUGCUUAAAGGGAAGGUGUUACCAUGCUUAACAUCUGUGCGCGAGUUCAUGGCAGCUCGUCCCAGUAGUAUCUUAAGGCCAGAGGCAUUAGGCCAAAAAAGAGUGGGCAAUCUUCUAUCUAGAAUGAUAUCCAUGAAGAUAAACAGUCGUGCCACAUUGAGAGUGGUCUGGAAUGAUAAUCCUUACGAACUCCAUUCUGAAAUCUUGGAUUGGUUUCAAAAGAGUUAUCAUAGUCACUUUGAAAACCUUUGGUCACAAAUGCUUUGUGAAGUACAAUUGCCUCAAAAACGUCUCGUCAAGAGGUUGGAAAGGGCCAUGGAAAAGAAAAAAAAAAGAAUUGAUGACUGACUGACCUGUUGAUAAAAUGUUGAGGGAACUUGAAUCUUGGUAUUUAUUUUUGUAGGGGAUAUGCGGAUGAAGAAAGAUAAAUUAGAUAUUCAAUUUAUACAAAAAUUUGGAUCCAGGUUUGCCUUUUAGUUGAGGUGAGUUGUUCACUUGUUUGUAUCUUAUUUUUAUUUAACCAUAGUUGUUGACCCUCGUACAACAGGGUUCUCAAGUUUUGAUUUACAAAUAUUCAUUAAUAUUACUUGUACCUCUCUCAUAUAUAAGUUGAGAGGUUAAAUUUAGAAUUCUUUCUGUUUGUAACUUUAUAUCACGCUUCAUUCUUUCUUAAGAAAAUUGUCUCUCGUUACCCAUGGUCA